GUAUUGGUAUUUGUUUGCUUUACCAAAUACCCGCCCCAAAAGGAAACUAUCCAUGCCCUUAUAUACAGAACACCGUUCAAGAUGCUAUAAAUAGACCCAACAUAAUAAAUCAGAAAGAAGGGGAAUUCUUACCAGGAGAAAGAGUAUUUAUUUAUACAGGUAGAAAUCUAUAUAAGAACGUGCAAACGACUGCACUUGUUGCUUAUCUUCUUUAAAAUCGAACACAGAAAAUGAUCAGAAGCAUUGAAAUAAUAUCAUUAACGGUGUUUUGGAUUUUGACAAUACCAGUUAUGUCAAAUGGAAGUGCCCCUGUCGGUUUCUUUAAAUGGCAAGACCCUGAAAAUAAUCGAACUGAUUUAUUUUGUCCGACAAAUUGUAAUCAUGACUUUUGCGAUUUAAGUAAUAUGCGUGUGGAAAAACAGCGGAUGAACCAGAUAUGUCGAUGUGCAGCAGUGCCUCUUUGGGAAAUUGAAAACGAACUGGAACAUGUUUCUUUGGAAUACACCAGCCGUCUUGGUCGAGGUUGGGUUGUUUCCUCUGGAGAUAUUCGAGGGGCGAAAUCACAAAGCCUCACUCACAAAAACGGCUUUCUUGCCUCCCUUCCUGAAAACAUUUGUUCGUUUCAACACUUGGUCAAAAUUGAUUUAUCUGAGAAUGAAUUGACGGACAUCAGGGGUAUCAAUUGCCUGUCUAAUUUGGAUACCUUAAUUCUUAAAGGAAAUAAGUUAAAAACAAUUAGCAAUGACACAUUUCAGGGAAUGUCCAAUCUACGUGUACUGGAUCUCUCACUUAAUGAAGUAAAAAGGAUUGAACCACACACAGUAUCUGGCUCCACGCUUGGAAUGUAUUUUGUUGAUGUGAGUCACAAUCACCUUAAAAGUCUUGACAUUACAAAUUUUGCCAUUAUAAAUCCUUUUUGUGAAAUAAAUUAUAACGACAAUCAAAUUGAAGAGCUCACGAACGAACUUACCAUUAAGGUGGAUCUGAAGACCAGCCUUGGUGACGGAGGGAUUGUUAAUUUGCAAAGAAACUUGUUUACCAAGUUCCCAGAUUUCACCAAGCUUGGUAUUUCAGACUUAACACAGCUUGGGAAAGUAUUCAGCUUCGGUUUCGAUAUAAGAGGAUGUAAGUUAACGUGUGACGGCACAAUGGUGCCUUUUCUUGAAUUAUCAAAAGAAGUAAUCGCGAAAGUUUGGAGAGAUUAUUUCGAUGUGAAAUGCUUCCAACCACCCGAGCUUGCAAACCAGUCGAUCGCCUGGCUUACGAAAGAAGGACAGCUGGAUAGAUUUAUAACUAACAUAACCAAAGACUGUCCCACGGGUUGUCAUUGCUACCAACAACCUAGCCGAGAUCGAACUGUUGUCAACUGUACCAAUACAAACAUGACUCAAUUACCUAAGAAGAUUCCAAAUGAUCAAAAUAUAACAUUAAUUCUUAAAGAAAAUCAGGUAUCAGAAAUUAAAAACAUGUCUUAUCUGGAGCGCGUCUCUCACUUGGAUCUAUCAGAAAAUAAUAUACAGAACAUUCCGGAGUCCGUCGCAAACACGCUUGUAGUAAAUGAAGUUAAACUAACCCUCCAUGGAAAUCCAUUACAAAAAAUACCGCCUCGUUUUAAAACUGUGGACCCAUGUGACAUGCACCUUGGUAGGCAAAACAUGACCUGCGACUGCAGCAAUGCCUGGAUGGGUGAUUGGGUGAGUAGAGGAUGUUAUAACAAUUCUGAACUGUCAGACAUACACUGCAAUGCCCCGUCCAGUAACAUUCCGGUGGCUGAAUAUCAAUUCGAGAACUGUGACGAACGCUUUGAUUACAAGAGUUUAUCCAUUGGAAUAGCUAUACUUCUACUGAUUUUGAGCGGAUUAUUGGCCAUUUUCUAUUAUUUUCGUUAUGAAAUUUUUCUUCUUCGGAAACGACUUCGUCAAGCCAGAAAGCACAGGGGACAGUUUAAACAUGACGUUUAUAUUUCUGUUAGUGAAAAUAAUGGCCAAAUUUUAUCGUGGAUACAAAAUAUUCUGCUGCCCUUCUUGAAUUCUAAAUCUUACAGCGUAUUUUUCCGACCGAUAGAUGAAGGUAUUGGAUCAGUGAAGGAAGAGAGCAUCAUCGAUAACGUGAAAGAUUCCCGAAAUUUCAUCGUCAUCCUGUCAUCGGAUUACAUAUCAGAUGACGACGACGAUACGAUCUGGACACAAAUCGAGUGGAAACAUGCUUGGAAUUGCUUUAAGGAAGAAAGUAACGUACGCAAUAAAAUAAUCAUAAACUACGACCACCUUCGGUCAAGUAUCUUUCCGAUUGGUCCAUUCAAGGCUUAUUUACGCCUUGGCCUGGCUAUCGACUUUUCCAACAGAAAACAUAAACUACUAGAGGAAGUUGAGGAAAGACUUGGAUUACCAAAUAAGCAUUGUUUAACAAAACAGUUGGGCCUAAUGUCCUCCAAACCAAAAUUUUGCUCCACAUUUUAUAACCAACAUAUUAUUCAUGACGUCCCAGGUAUAAACACUAAGUGCAGCAAAGUAAAGCAUACGUACGUUGUCUCGGAUGACCACAAGCUUAGAACUAAAGACAACUCAGAGGAAGAUAAUGGAAUCUCAGGAGGAGUAUAUUUACAGUCGGAAAAUACAUUCGAACGCUUAGGAUUUUACUCAAAGACUGGGCAUAGGGCACCUGAACUCGUGCAUAUUGACAUAUUUUAAGAGAUGUAUUUUUGAUAUUGAUAUCGCAGAGUGUCCUUACAAUGUAGUCAAGUUGGAAGCUGUUUCACAGUCAUCCAGUAGAUCUAGAGUUAAUACCUUUUUAUUAUUUAUUCAGUCAUUGUUUUGUGAAAUGUUAUGCACUGUAGGACUUACUACAUUGUAGGAUACUCUAAGACAUAUAAACUAGAGGUACUGUGAGCACUGAGUUCACUAAAUUA